AUGGUUAGUAAAGUAUUUCCGUCGGACAAAGUGGUGGACGAAGCCAUCAAAUUGGGAGAGAAAAUAGGAAACAAUUCCAAACUUAUAACCGCUAUUUGUAAAGAAUCUGUAAACACAGCAUAUGAGACCACUUUAGCUCAGGGCCUGAAAGCGGAGAAGCGAUACUUCCACUCCACUUUUGCCACCAACGAUAGAUCUGAAGGAAUGAAGGCAUUCGUCGAGAAGAGGGCCGCAAAUUUUAAAGACGAAUAAUUAGGACUUAAUCUCUACUCAAAAUCAUGAAUUUAGUUGAAAAAGUUGUAAAAAUGAUUUGAUUUACUGAUGAUUCAGUUGUGUUUCACUUUAUAUGAAAUAAAAUUUUUACUUUUACUACUAAUGACUCUUCCCCGAACAGCACUUCAUCCGCUGAAGUCAUAUAUAGUGACCGGAGGUUUGGGUGGCUUUGGACUCGAACUCUCUCAUUGGUUGGUCGAAAGAGGCGCCCGAAAACUGGUGCUCACCUCCAGAAGCGGACCCCGAGAUGCUUACCAACACUUAUGCAUUAAACGUCUUCGUUCUCAUGGCGUUCACGUGAUUGUCUCGAAGGCCGACGCGUCCACACCUGAGGGCUCGACUCAACUCGUGAAGGAAGCGCUUUCGUUAGGACCGGUCGGCGGUAUCUUUAACUUAGCGAUGGUAUUGAGUGACGGAUUCCUCGACAACCAAAGCGCCCAAUCGUUUAAGACUGUCUGCGAUCCUAAAGUGAACGGAACAGUGAAUCUCGAUAACGUGAGCCGACAGAUGUGUCCGCAAUUGGAUUACUUCGUGGCGUUCUCUUCGGUGAGUUGUGGCAGAGGUAAUGCCGGACAAAGCAAUUACGGUUUCGCCAACUCAUCGAUGGAAAGAGUGUGCGAAUCGAGACGAAGCGACGGUUUGCACGGAUUGGCCGUCCAAUGGGGUGCCAUCGGAGACGUCGGAGUGGUGUCCGAGAAUAUGGGCGGAAACGAUGUGGUGAUUGGCGGUACUCUUCCGCAACGGAUCCCGUCGUGUCUGGCAGUGUUGGACCGAUUCCUUCAAUCAGAAGAGAGCGUGUGUUGCAGUCUUGUGAGAGCCGUCCGAAGCACUGACACAUCCGGAAGCAAAAAGCAGGACUUAGUGAAGACGAUCGCCAAUAUUCUGGGCAUCAAAGACACGGCCAGUUUGAGUGCAUCGACCACUUUGGCCGAAAUGGGAAUGGAUUCGCUGAUGGGAGUCGAAGUGAAGCAGACAUUAGAGCGCGAUUACGAUGUGAUUCUGUCGAUGCAAGAGUUGCGGUCACUAAACGUGGGUCACCUCCAAGAGAUUGGUGGCGCCGGCGGAUCAGCCAACGUCCGUAUCGCUGCCGGUGACGCUCCCCUUCAGCUCAAUAUCUCUAUUCCUCGCAUUGGUUUACCCGACGAGACAGUUGUCCGACUCAAUGACGUGACUGAAGGCAAACCUGUCUUCUUCUUACCGCCACUCGAGGGUGUAUUCAAUCUGUUGGAAGUGUUGGCCAAACAAAUCAAACGCCCGGUGAUUGGCCUGAACUGGACGCUCGCCUUUAAGGACAUGACAACCAUCGAAGAAGCGUCGGCUCAUUAUAUCGAAACCGCCAAACGUCUCAAUCCUGACAAUCACUUCGAUCUGAUUGGUUACUCAUUCGGAUCCGUUCUCUCAUUCGAGAUGAGUCUUCAAUUACAGCCAAAAACUAAAGUAAAUUUGAUUCUUUUGGACGGAUCUCCCACUCAACUGAUGGUCAGUACCGAACAGUUCCGCGAGAAAUAUCAGGCGAACGACGAGAAGGUGCAACACGUGGAGGCAUUGGUGACAUUCCUGAUGCAAUUCGUACCAAUCAAUUACCUGAAGGUGAAAUCGGAACUGAUAGCCAUCGGAGAACAGGAGCAACGCGUACAGCGAGCGGCCGAGAUCUUCAUGGAGAGCGGCGGACCCAAGUCUGACCCGAAGGACAUCGCGUUGGCCGCGGAGGCCUUCUUCAGGAAAGUGAAAAUGAUGCACAACUAUAGGUUCCACAAGAAGUUCGACGGAAACGCGCUCCUCAUCAGAGCCGAGGAAUUCAUUGUCAAAAACAAUGACAUCCAACUGCCCCACGACUACGGCGUCUCUGAUUCAAUUACCGGCAAAUGCGAGACACAUGUGAUGUCCGGAAAUCACAAAACAUUUUUGCUGAACAAUUUGGAGAAAGUGUCGGAACUAAUUAAUGCCCACAUUUAACCACUUGUUUUUCAAUUAUAUAAUUCAUAAAAUUUAUAUUUUUCACUUUAAAUUUUAUUUUACUAUAAAAAAACUUUUACUGAAAUAUCUGUUAUUGAAUUAAAGACCACUUUAUAUAUAAAGGAGUGUAAUAAUGGUUGCGGAGCCAAAGUUAUGAGCGGAUAACUUAAUUAUUAUUAUUUUUUUACUUUAAAACUUAUACCAAUCGUAUAUUUUAUUUUAUUUGUUGGACUUUUUUCUGAAUUAAUUAUUAAAUAAAAGAUUUAAUUGAAAAAUA